AAGAUGGACCAAUCAGAUAACAGAAUACAGUGUUACAUUGCUUGGUACAAAAACCAUUACCAUUCAGUGUCAAGGUCAAAGCCAUUAAUGUUCUUUCAGUGGAGAUUUGCUAAAACCAUUUAAACCAAAUCAAACACAGUUCGGUUCAUUAAGUGGAUUAGUGGAUUAGUGGAUUAGUGAUUGAUCGUUGUUGAAAUGCUACAAAUAUGUAACCAUCUAAACAAAAUUGACUUUUUAAUGAAAUCUGUAGGCUAGCCUUGUUUAUACCUUGUGUCAUGACGCCUGAACUUGGCUCCUACUGCCCAGCUGUUCUCCCACAGGAAACAUUUUAACAUCUCACGGGCAUGUUCAGUCUUUUCAGGGGCCAAUCACAUUGCGCCUUUAACAGAGAUGCGCCAUGCAGUCUCAGCGCUGCUCUCAACUCUGGCUGGACAACUGUGGAGCUGCGACGCAGCGACGCAUCUCGCACUUGGAAGACUGUAUUCUUACUGACUGGAAGUGACGGGUGAUCAGCUACAGAGGAACUUUUUGGAUACAUGUUUUUGAAAUAACUGGGAUCGGAAAAAUAAAUGGGACAACAGAAAUCGCGAGAACUUGAAUCGCUCCAGUGGUGUGCACGGUUCAGCUUUGCCAACUUUGUGCACUAGCACCAUCCGAUCUCCCUCAGUCCGUGCAGGAGCAGCAGCAGAGGAGGAGGCUGGAUGUGGCAGGAGACGGGUCACUGAGCUGCAGUGAGUUUCCCAGUCCCCAACUCUCCAAUGUCACCGGACAGGAUGAUGAUCAUUGGACUCCUGCUCAAUGUCUUCUCUCAUGGUAGUGCACCAGCAUCUGCAUCCUUAGACUGUCUGGUGGCGGAGCAGGGUUGCAUCCAGGAGCAGUCCUGCAUGGUGCUCUAUCGACUGCUGGAGUACUGUGCAGCUGAGGAGGCUGUGUCGCCCCUCGGCUCAGACGCCCGCAUGGAGUGCCUGGAGGCCCAGAGCUCCUUGCAGCAUUACCGCCCCCUUCAAGUUUGCAAGUGUCAGCGUGGCUCUCGCAGGGAGGAACACUGCCUCAGGGUCUAUUGGACUGUGAGAUUUGCAGCAUAUGAUGAGUAUGAAGUGUCUCCAUAUGAAGAACUGCAGUUAAAUCUAGUGAGAAACAUUGAGAUGUCACGUAUGGCGUCCAUCAUGGCAGUUUCCUCUCUUUCUGUGGAUGGCCAAAACCAGUGUCUGAAGGCAGCCCAGGACUGUGGCCUGUAUGAGAAAUGUGGCUCCCUGCGCUCAGAAUAUGUUGUGGCCUGCACCAAGCGAGCAACAGUCUCUGACAACAGCUGUAACCGCCAGAAAUGCCACAAAGCCCUGCGGCGCUUCCUGGAGCGCGUGCCAGAGGAGUACAGCUUCGCUCUGCUAUUCUGUCCCUGCUCUGACACUCUGUGUGGGGAGCGUCGGAGGAAAACCAUCGUCCCUUCAUGUUCCUAUGAGGAGAAUGGGAGAGGGGAGGAAAGACUGGGCAAGCCCAAUUGCCUCAGCCUGCAGAACUACUGCUCCAGAGACGAGCUGUGUAGAUCCCGGUUUGCUGAUUUCCAACACAACUGUCAGCCCUCCCCCCUGUCUGCCUCUGGCUGUAUGCGAGAGAGCAGAGCCAUGUGCCUGAAGGCCUACGCUGGACUCAUAGGUACGAUCAUGACUCCCAACUAUGUGAGCAACAGCAGCACCGAAGUGUCCCAGUGGUGCACAUGUGACGGCAGCGGGAACGAAUGGCAGGGCUGUCAGCGCAUCUUGAAUUUGUUCAGCAACAACAUAUGUCUGCGCAAUGCCAUCAGCUCCAUGGGAAUCUCCGCACCUCCUCCUGUGGAAAACACUCCCGUGCCAGCUUCUCAGCCCCCCCCAAGAAUCUACCUGGAGAGGGUCCACGUCAGCGUUAACACUCUUCCUGAAUUCAACAGUAUGGAAGACAGCGAGGAAGAGGAGCAGGAGGAGGAGGAAGAAAGUGAGGAAUUCAAUGUCAUCCCACCGUAUUCUGAGAAGGACUCUAACAUUGAAUCGGGGGCUAGAGGGAGUAAACGGGGAGCAGCUAGCCGAGCGGUACCUGUGUUACUAUUACUGCUGCUGCCUACACUCAUCCUGGACUGGGAGAGUGGGAGCUACUGAGGCCUCCAUUUCAUUCACCACUCAUCUUUUACACUCGCUACCGCAUCACAGCACUCAGAAUGAACCACGGAGGACAUAUGUGAGGAAUAAAUGCUCUAUUUCUUUUUCUUUCUUUUUUUUUGCAUUUUUAAACCCCCCUUUAUUUUACAAUUCAGUUUCUCCUAUUACUGCCUCCUCAAGAGCCAAAAGAUAUCAGUAGUCCCGCAGUAUCAGCCAUGGCUUUGCUCGAGUCCUCUCCUAUAGAAACGAACUGAACAAUGUGAGCAGAUAUGUGAGUGCAUGGGUGAAUUUAGAAAUGCUGUCUGGGCAAAUACUCUAUCUAGAGCCUGCUUCAAACUCAAAGUACAUCCCCUCUUUUAACAAGAAGCACAUUGCCCAAGGCCACAUUCACUAUACACACUCCACAACCAGUCUACUCCACUCCAACCAGGCCCAAGCACUGCUUUUGAUUUCUAUUUCAUGACUCAUGUCACAACCGUUUCUCUGUUGUCCCUUUGGCUCUUCCGCUCCCUCCUUCAUACUAUGGUUGAGUAAGAUAAUCCACUUCAGAACAAGCUAAUACGAAACUGUACUACACUUAAACCGCUUUGUACCAUUUAAAAGAACUUUUAAAACUGCUUCAUCUAAAAUUCUUAAGACACAAAACAAUGUGUUGUCACAUUAUGUUUGAUCUCAUGCCUUUUCAACCUUUGCUCCUUUGUGCACCAUAAAGCAGAGUGCAACAGUCAAUCUGCGCUGCUUCUUUUGUUAACACGCCACUUAGUAUUAUUCCUACCAGGGUGAGUGGCUAAGAAUUCAACCACUGGCAAAAGUAAUGAGAUCAAAUUCUAUUGUAGAAAUGACGAGCAGAGAAAAAGCAACAUGAGCAAUUACAGCACAAUUCAAAUUGCUCAGCACGCAGUGGAAGUCUGGAAUAAGGCUCAGGGGAGGAAAUAGCCAAUUUACUGCUGUCAUACCCUCUCACUUUUUUUUACCCCUAGGAGGUGUAUUUUUAGUGUUCCUUCCCCAUCAUGUGCUUUAGAUGUUGUGAGAGCGAGAUGCGGAGAUAGGGAUGGACACAGGAGGCUGGAAAGCCUGCUGGCUGCUCUGAUCAUUGAGCAGCACAUUGAGCCAUUCUCUCUGCCUGAAAUAGCUUUUGCUGAUGUUAAUGAUUUUUUCUCGUAUGGCUCAUUUUCUUGUGAAAUUAUGCAGCUGUGGGGAUGUAGGUAAAGAGAAGUAUAGAGAAGUUUUUGUAGAGGGAUAGUUUGCGAGAAAAAAACCUGUCUGAGCUCUGCGAGGAUUUUAUAUUGUGGUUAUACAUUCGUUUUUACCUAAAUUAACUGUUGUAUGUAAUGUUGUAAUUGCAGUAAUACAUUGAUGGGUGACUUCAAAGAGCUGUCCCCUGACCUCACCAUCUUCAAACAGAUCAGUACUGAACAUUUCCAAAGACAAAUCACCAAAAAACGAAUUCUUAGAUGUUUGAAUAUCACUUGAGGAGGCAGAAUGGCCCCACCUUUUUUUACAUGAUGGUUUAUUGACAUAAAGACUGAACCUUUGAUAAGGGCAGACAGUAUAAAGGCAGAAACGCACUGGAAGCAUAUGAGCUAUGUGAUUGCAAAUGCAAGUCCAUCACUACUUCAAACUUGGGUUUGAUUUUCACAAGUCAAAGUAGGACUUAUAUGGAUGUUGUAAGGUUAGUAGAGCUGUAGUGAUGGUUACCCACCUCAGGGCAAAAUGACAUCAUGCCGAUUUUUGACCACUUUCUUGUUGAGAGUUUGGCUACAGGGAGCUAAGAAGUGGGUGAGGAAAAGGCCAGUUAACAAAGCUCUGAAGUGUGACUGCAAGCUUAGUGGGUACAAGAAAAUGACAUACAGUAUUUGGACAAAAUAUUUCAAAUAAAAAGUCUGGCUGGACAACCAGCUGGUAUCCAAAUAUAUGAACCAGAACCAGGCCAUAGAAGAGAUGUGUUGAUGAAUAAACUAAAUAUUCUAAAGAAAUACCCAUCACAGUGUCACUGUACAGUAUCAGUGACGACGCUUAUUCCAAUCUCUCAGCUGCAGUUAUUCAUAAAGUAUCAAAGGAACAGCAUCCUGCGCCAAGUGUCAAUAACUGCAUCCAGUGCGCUCUGGCCUUAAUGACUGAAUGUUACAUGUGUUUUCAGAUUUCAAUAAGUUUGUUUAUACUUGUAAAGUAUGUAAAGUAAACAUUUACAUUAAACAUGGCUUGUAUUUUUUUGACGAGUUAUGGAGUUUCAAAGAAAAAUAGCUUAUUCUCCAUCCAUAAGAUAAAAUAUGUGAAUAUUCCCCAAAUUAGACCAUUUUUAGUUUGUAUCUUGACUAUGUACAGUACUUUGUUUCACACGCUAACCUUCUUUUAAAGACAUAUCAAACAUGCCAAAUAAUUCUGACUGUAAUGUGUAAUAACUGUGUAAUUUUGUGACAGAACAGAACAGUGUGCCGAUUUGUUAAAAGAAGAAUAAAAGUCACAAUCGAAAUU